AUGUCAAAUGCGCUGACCCGGUCCUCGACAAUGCGACUUAUGAGACUCGUGAUUCUGUUCAAAUCUCUUUCGAAUCUGUUGAAUCUGUUGAAUCUCUUCGAUCUCUCUAUUAUUGACCGGCAACUAGAGUUGCGGAUUGCAAAUUGGGGAGUUCUCAGCGAAAGUGGUACGGUCGGCCUGUGCAACGAGGUGGAGAAUCAACAAAGUCCCCACCUAUGCAAGAAAUUGAAAGACCUAAAACACAACGAGGAGGGAAUGUAG